AUGAUGAGAAAAUGUUUACUGCUAUCAAUAGCCCUGGUGUGUUGCAACAUCCAUACUGAGGGUGUAUUGCAGUCUACACUGGUGCUGGAUAUGGCCAAGCUUCUACUGGAUAAUUACUGCUUUCCUGAAAAUCUGGUUGGAAUGCAAGAAGGCAUUGAACAAGCCAUCAAGAAUGGAGAGAUCCUGGACAUCUCAGAUUCAAACCUUUUAGCAACUGUUCUGACAGCUGGAGUGCAAGGAGCCUUGAAUGACCGACGCCUUGUGAUCUCUUAUGAGCCCACAGCUACUGCUGCUCCCAAGCAAGUAAUGGAGGCUUCUUUAACACCAGAGCAGCAUUUAAGUCUUAUCCAACAUACAGUGAAGUAUGAAGUGCUGGAUAACAAUGUGGGCUACCUAAGGAUUGACUACAUAAUUGGCCAGGAAAUUGUGCAGCAGAUUGCUUUUUUCCUGGUAGAAACAGUAUGGAAGACCUUGAUGGGGACAUCAGCUCUGGUAUUAGAUCUGCGCUAUGCUACUGGAGGGCAAGUUUCAGGCAUUCCAUUCAUUAUUUCUUAUUUAUACAAUGAAGACAAACUGCUGCAUGUAGAUACUGUGUACAAUAGGCCUUCUAAUACCACUGUGGAAAUCUUGACCUUGCCAAAGGUCUUGGGUGUGAGGUACAGCAAAGACAAGGAUGUAAUUUUGCUGAUAAGCCAACACACCACAGGUGUGGCUGAAGAUGUGGCCUACAUCCUCAAACAAAUGCAUAGGGUCAUAAUAGUGGGAGAGAGAUCAGCAGGAGGCUCCUUGGACAUCCAGAAAUUGCAGAUUGGCAAUUCCCAAUUCUAUAUGACAGUUCCUGUAUCACGUUCUAUGAGCCCAUUAAGUGGCAGUGGACAAAGCUGGGAAGUCAAUGGGGUGAUGCCAUGUGUAGCCAUCUCAGCGGAGCAAGCUCUGGAUAAAGCCUUGGCCAUUCUUUUACUACGCAAGACUAUUCCCAGUAGUAUGAGCUAUUUGAUGGAUGUUGUAAAGAACAACUACUCCAUGUUAGAACGAGUCCCCAUACUGCUGCAGCACCUCUCCACUUUUGACUAUUCUUCUAUCUUAUCAGCAAAAGACCUGGCCUCCAAACUCAAUACUGAACUACAGACCAUAUCUGAAGACCCACGCCUCUUCUUAUGGGUUCCUGCCUCAGGUGAAGUUGUAACUGCACAAACCAAUGUGCAGAUUGCCAUGGGAUCUGACUUGCCUUACAAUGAACAGUUCAUGAAAGCCCUAGUAGCUACCGUAUUCAAGGUGUCUAUAUUACCGGGCAAAGUGGGUUACAUGCGUUUUGAUGAGUUUGCUGAUGCUACAGUACUGGUAAAGCUAGGGCCAUACCUUCUCCAGCAAGUCUGGGAGCCACUACAAGCAACUGAUAAUUUGAUCAUAGACUUGCGCUACAACCCUGGUGGCCCAUCAUCAAGUGCUGUGCCAGUCUUGCUCUCUUACUUCCAAGAUCCCUCUGCUGGCCCUGCACACUUUUUUACCAUCUAUGACAGACGCACAAACCAGACCAAGGUUUUUAACAGCAGAGCUGAGAUGUUAGGCAAGCCCUACGGGGCACAGCGUAACAUCUAUUUACUCACUAGCCACCACACAGCUACAGCAGCUGAAGAAUUUGCAUACCUUAUGCAGUCCCUUGGCCGUGCCACCCUGGUUGGUGAGAUUACUGCCGGCAGCUUGUCUCACACACACACUUUUUGCAUCCUAGAGUUAGAAGGAGUGGGUUGUAGGCUUCUUAUUAACAUACCUGUCAUCACUUUCAUUGACAAUCAUGGAGAAUGUUGGCUUGGAGGUGGGGUGGUACCAGAUUCCAUUGUACUAGCUGAUGAGGCUCUGGAGAAGGCAGGAGAAGUGAUGAAAUUCCAUAAGGGCAUGGGAGCACUUAUUGAAAGAAUUAGACACUUGCUUGAGGCUCACUAUGCCAUACCUGAAAUGGCUAGACGAGUCAGUGGCAUGUUAAAUUCCAAGUUGGCCCAAGGUGGGUAUCGUACAGCAGUGGAUUUUGAUACACUUGCCUCUCAGCUGACCAGUGACCUUCAGGAAACCUCUGGAGAUCACCAGCUGCACAUAUUUCACAGUUAUGUUGAGCCUUCCCCAGAGGAGCAACUUCCAAACAAAACUCUCACCCCUGAGGAGCUGAGCUUUAUAAUUGAAGCUCUCUUCAAGGUGGAUGUGUUGCCAGGCAAUGUGGGAUAUCUGCGCUUUGACAUGAUGGCUGAGGCAGAGACAGUGAAGACCAUUGGGACACAAUUACUUCACAUGGUUUGGGACAAACUAGUAGAAACAGAUGCUAUGAUAGUUGAUAUGCGCUACAAUACUGGCAGUUACUCUACUGCAGUGCCCAUCUUUUGUUCCUACUUCUUUGAUGCUGAGCCCCAGCAGCACCUCUACACAAUCUUUGACCGUAGCAGCUCUCACAGUACUGAAGUGUGGACUUCAACACAAGUUUCAGGCAAACGUUAUGGCUCAACUAAGGAUGUUUAUAUCCUAAUUAGCCAUGUGAGUGGGUCAGCUGCUGAAGCUUUUACUCGCUCUUUGAAAGACCUCCAUCGUGCCACAGUAAUUGGGGAGCCCACUGUUGGUGGCUCACUCUCUGCAGGUAUUUACCAUGUGGACAGUAGUCCACUAUAUGCUUCCAUCCCCAGCCAGAUUGUGCUCAGCCCUAUCUCUGGCAAAGUGUGGAGCUUGUCUGGGAUACAGCCACAUGUUACUACCCAGGCUAUUGAAGCCUUGGUCUCAGCCCAGAACAUUUUUGUCUUGCGCACCAAACUGCUCAGUGUUCUGCAGACAGUGGGCAAACUAGUGGCUGACAACUAUGCCUUUGCUGAUAUUGGAGCUACAGUGGCAGCCAAACUUGCUGACCAUGCCAACAAAGAAACUUACAGAAAGAUCAACAGUGAACUGGAACUUGCUGAAAAAAUAGCAGCAGACCUAAAAGCUCUUUCUGGAGAUAGACACCUGAUGUUAACCCAUAUUCCUGAACAUUUAAGGGACCAAAUCCCAGGGAUUGUGCCAAUGCAGAUCCCUUCACCAGAAAUGUUUGAAGACCUCAUUAAGUUUUCUUUCCAUACCAAUGUGUUUGAAAACAACAUUGGCUACCUGCGAUUUGAUAUGUUUGGAUACUGUGAGCUUUUGUCCCAAGUCUCUGAAUUACUAGUGGAACAUGUUUGGAAGAAAAUUGCUGACACAGAUGCAUUAAUUAUAGAUAUGAGAUACAAUAUAGGAGGCCCUACAUCCUCUGUAGCAGCUCUAUGCUCCUACUUCUUUGAUGAAGGACAUCAUGUUCUUCUGGACAAAGUAUACAACCGACCAAAUGAUACCACCAGUGACAUUUGGACCCAUUCAGAGCUUACAGGUACACGAUAUGGCUUCAAUAAAGGCUUAAUCAUUCUCACCAGCCCUGUGACUGCUGGUGCUGCUGAGCAAUUUGUAUAUAUCAUGAAGAAACUGGGUAGAGCCUUCAUAAUUGGACAGAAGACCAGUGGGGGUUGUUACCCACCUCAGACAUAUCAUGUGGAUGACACUAACCUCUAUAUCACUAUCCCAACAUCUAGAUCUGUAUUUUCUGUUGAUGACAGUUGGGAGGGUGUGGGUGUGAGUCCACACAUGGCAGCUCCCACUGAGAUGGCGCUCAUCAAAGCGAAAGAAAUGCUCCUGAUGCAUCUCCAUGGUCACAGUAGUUUAGGGUAAGAAAGGAAAAAAAUCUCAAUUGAAGUACUGAGCAAGAAAUAAUUAAGAAAAAAAGAUGUCAGAUAAGUAUCCAUUUGUUUCAUUAGGAGUUUUGUUUCUGAAAAUCUGAGACCUCUAUAGCACCAACAAAUUUGAUGCAGAACUCUAAAGGUAGAAAACAAAGAGAAGAAAAAAGUUCAGGAUCCACUCCUCAGAUUUCAUUUUCUCCUUCACAGUCCCAGAGUCUGACUGCCUACACAUAUGCAUAGCUAGGAUGUAUAAUUAGAGAUAGCUCUGUUUAAUUUCAUGCAGGCAGUUAGAGUGAAGGCUUCAGGUUGUUUAUAUAAUUUUCUAUGUAUAUAUUUACUUUUACACGUAGCAUAUAGCAACAUAUAUCUUGUUUUGCUAGCUUGUGCCCUUUAUUCUUUCCUGAUUCAUGUAUGAUGAAUGAUCCCUAUGUAUGUAACUAAAAUAGUGUCUAUUUGCAGCCCAUUAAGUUCUGUACAAACUAGUUGGAAAUUUGUCAGAGUCAAGUCUACCACCCCAUCCACACAUGCACACACUUGUGGUAAUAAACAGUCUUGUCU